AUGGACAAGGUCUGCUUCUUGUUAUCCCUGCUUCUCGUGGUCGCUUCUGGUGUCGUCAACGGCGUAAGAUCGGAAGAUAAAAAGGAUUCGAAAGUCGAAGUAUUUGAGCUGAAGGCCGGGAACAUAUCUGCUAAGUUCGCCAACUAUGGAGCAAGCCUCAUGUCACUUGUUAUUCCGGACAAAAAUGGUAAACCGGGGGACAUCGUUCUCGGAUAUGAUUCUCCGGAUGCAUACAAGGAUGAUGAAACAUACUUCGGAAGAGUCGUCGGACGAGUCGCAAAUCGAAUCCGAGACGGGAGAUUUUCUUUGAACCGAAAGGAGUAUCAACUGAAGCCUAAUGUCAAUGGGAAACACAUGCUCCACGGUGGCCCCGGAGCAUUGGCCGAUGUUAUCUGGGAAGUGAAGAAGAUUAAGGAAGAUGCUAACGUUCCAACCAUUUUGUUUACUUAUGAUAGUCCGGACGGUGAAAAUGGAUUCCCAGGCAAGGUUAAAUUCUCCGUCCGGUACCUCAUCCGUUCGGAUCUCCGAUUUCGAGUGACAAUGAAAGCCAAACCUAUAAAAGAAGCAACCCCAUUGAACCUAGUGCAGCAUACAUAUUGGAACCUUGGUAACCAUGACAUUGGCGACAUCUUGUCCGAAGAAAUCCAGAUUUUUGCCUCCGAGAUCACGCCGGUCGAUAACGAACAAAUCCCCACGGGCAAACUUCAACCCGUGAAAGGAACUCCGUACGAUUUCAUCGAACCGAGGGUGAUCGGUAGUCGAAUCAAGGAACUUCCGGGUGGUUACGACAUAAACUACGUCAUCGAGGGCCCUGAUGACCCCGUCAAGAUGAAGAAAAUCGCGACGGUGAAGGACCCGAGGUCGGGGAGAGUCAUGAGACUGACUUCGAACCAACCCGGCUUGCAAUUCUACACCGGAAACCUGAUAAAAGACGUGAAGGGAAAAGGGGGAGCGGUUUAUAAAGCUCACGCUGGACUAUGUUUGACGACUCAAGGCUUCCCAGAUGCAGUGCAUCACCCCAAUUUCCCUUCCAUAAUUGUUUCACCUGGAAAGCCUUACAAGCAUAAAAUGCUGUACAAGUUCUCCAUGGCAUCGGACGAAGAAAAGAAACCUGAGGGGAAGAAAUUAGAAAAUAGAAAACUCAUUUUGAACGAUAAAAUUUUGAUCUAA